CCCCUCUUCUCUUCCCUACCUAGUUGCAGGGCACUAUCCUGCAGUAUGUGAAGACUCUGAUCGAGGUCAUGCCCAAGAUCUGUCGUCUGCCGCGCCACGAGUACGGAUCCCCAGGUAUCCUGGAGUUCUUCCACCACCAGCUGAAGGACAUUAUAGAGUACGCUGAGCUGAAGACAGAUGUCUUCCAGAGUCUCAGAGAGGUGGGGAACGCCAUCCUCUUCUGUCUGCUCAUCGAACAAGCUCUGUCCCAGGAGGAGGUGUGUGACCUGCUUCAUGCAGCCCCCUUCCAGAACAUCCUCCCCAGGGUCUACAUCAAAGAGGGGGAGCGUCUGGAAGUCAGGAUGAAGAGGCUGGAGGCUAAGUAUGCUCCUCUCCACCUGGUGCCCCUCAUCGAGAGGCUGGGGACCCCUCAGCAAAUAGCUAUAGCCCGUGAGGGGGAUCUGUUGACCAAGGAGCGUCUUUGCUGUGGCCUGUCYAUGUUCGAGGUGAUCCUUACAAGGAUCCGUAGUUUCCUGCAGGACGCCGUGUGGCGAGGCCCGCCCCCCACCAACGGCGUGAUGCACGUGGACGAGUGUAUGGAGUUCCACCGCCUCUGGAGCGCCAUGCAGUUUGUUUACUGCAUACCCGUCGGCACUCACGAGUUCACCGCAGAGCAGUGUUUUGGUGACGGGCUGAACUGGGCAGGCUGUUCCAUCAUCGUGCUGUUGGGUCAGCAGCGCCGCUUCGACCUGUUUGACUUCUGCUACCACCUGCUCAAGGUGCAGAGGCAGGACGGCAAGGAUGAGAUCAUCAAGAACGUGCCGCUGAAGAAGAUGGCUGAUCGCAUCAGGAAGUACCAGAUCCUGAACAAUGAGAUCUUUGCCAUCCUCAACAAGUACAUGAAGGCUGUGGAGACGGAUAGUUCCACCGUGGAGCAUGUCCGCUGCUUCCAGCCACCUAUACACCAGUCCCUGGCCACAACAUGCUGAGAGGAACUCACACACGCUACACACAUAAGCCACACAUGUCCCACAAACUAUACAUACACACACGCACCAACCCAAAUCAUCCCCACACAGUCUGCCUCUCUUUGGCCUUGUACUCAGAYUCUCAGAGCCUUAGGAUUCCAGAGCUCUGUCUGACUGUACACCAUUUUGGCACCAAAUAUUCCAUACCAAUGACAUUCCAUUUUGCAUUCUAGAAUGCAACUGUCUUGGAACUUUUCAUGUCAACAUGGCGCCCAUUAAAAAGUGUAAAUCUCAAACUGAGUUUUCUGAAGUCUGAAUAUUUUAGGCCCAUAACCACAGUCUAGUUUUAGAGGUAUGGGUAUUUUCAGAUGUUCGUUUUUCUGUUCUCAACCCAUGUGACUCUCACACCCAGACACAGCAUCCCUUCUCCUGUCACUGGAGCUAUAUGUCACAUGGAUGGGCUCAGUAAUACACAACUGCCAAUCCUGAGUGGUUACAGAUCUGCAGUAACGCCCUGCUUCCCCUCUAGUCACAAYCAACAGUCUAUCAGAUACCUCUGAGAAACCAUUUAGUGAGCAUCAACAAUCAACUUACAUAAAAGAUGAUAGAUAUGCUGGAAUAAUCUCCAAAACCUCAGCGCAUACAAAUAAUCUGAUUCUGAAAUGACCUAUAACCUGAGAUUAUUAUUUCGUAGAUGACGUAYGAAAGCAAACCUAACGAUCAUUUUAUUGAAUUGCUUAAUGAAGUCCACAAAGGUGCUAAGUAUUAGAUGAUACUUAAUUACACCAAAGUCAUCAGUGGCAUUUCCCCCCAUAACAUCCAUCAUAUGAUCAUCACACAAGUCAAGCUGUCCAUUCAUUCAUCCCAGAUACUAACRURUGUGUCCCAAAUGGCACCCUAUUCCCUAUAUAGUGCACUACUUUUGACCAKCUCCUAUAAGGAAUAGGGUGCCAUUUGGAUGCAGCCCACAUCUCCCUGGACAUACCCAUGCUUAGUAAACCAGUGUCAUAGGAGUAGUUAGCCACACCUCACCUCUUCUCCCCUCACACAACCCUACUGUUUCAAAUAGCAUAACAAGGACACUUGACUGCUUUUCUUAGUUGAUUUAUUUAUUUUUCACUUAUUUGGGGGGUUUUAGCCUCUGAGUAUAAUUUUUAUUCAGUUCCAUUCUCCGUUGUAAAUGUCACUGUUGAACUAAAAAGAGAAGUGUUGAGUGUUGUAAUUGUUAUUGUUUUUAAUUAAUUAUUGAUAAUUACAUUUUUCAUCCUUGGUAUAACUUGCCUCUUCUACUGACGAGAAUCCUCACCUACUUUUUGAUUUCUUUCUGUCUUGUCAGUUUAUUGAACAUUUUUAUAUUCUGUAUGUGCGCUUAAUACAGUGAUAUUGUUUACCAUUUUUAUAUUCUGUAUGUGCGCUUAAUACAGUGAUAUUGUUUACCAUUUUUGAAAUUAUUUACAAAUCUUCAUCUGCGUGUGUGUUUUAUUUUUUAUUUUUUUCGGAGUAAAAAAAACGUUCGAAAUAAUUCUUGGUUGUCAAAGAACAAAAGAGACCAGGAUGACUUUACUGUAUUAGAUAGAUUUGUUCAGAGAGUGAAUGGAAGAUGUUGGUAGGAUCACACGACCAAUCCAACUCCUGUACAGUUCAUUCCCUCUAUAGAAGAAGAAUUAAAGGAAUCAAGAAGUUGCAUUUUCACUGUUUAGGUACGAAUUACACACAAGAGAUGGAGAGAGGGCAAUUUCCUAAAUAUAUUCAAUAUUCCAUAUUGUUGAAUUUUUUUUUUCUUUACCAGUGUCAUCAAAGUCUUUUGACCCUGUUUUUUAUUCUUAUGAAGGAAAGUUAAUCAUUACACCCAUGAAGGAGCGACCACAUUUUCAGUUUGAAUAAAAAAACAAAAUGAAGUUUA